UUGAAGGUCACCUUGGUGCUAGUUGUGUGUGUCACCUUGACCAAGAAGUGCAGCUGCUCCUGGCACAGACUCACCUCUGGAGCUCCAGCACACGCCAAAAGGCAGUCCAUCUGAUUGGGAGGCAUUCUCAUACGAGCUGUUUGUGCGUCAAUAACGUUUUGUGCGUGAAUUUUGCCGACUUUUUCUUGCACCCACCUGAGAUUUUGUCUGUGGAAGCUGAUAGAGAGAGAUGGCGGAGCAGAAGCAGAGAUUCAUCGAAAGAGGUUCCCACAAAGGGAAGGGAAUUGCUGUAUUUACCAGCGGAGGAGAUUCCCAGGGGAUGAAUGCCGCUGUUCGGGCUGUUGUACGAAUGGGAAUCUACCUGGGAUGCAAGGUUUAUUUCAUCCGGGAAGGAUAUCAAGGCAUGGUGGAUGGUGGUGAACACAUCCAGGAGGCAAACUGGGCUUCCGUGUCGAGUAUUAUCCAUCGUGGUGGCACGGUUAUUGGGUCAGCGCGUUGCCAGGACUUCCGGGAGCGUGCUGGACGUCUCAAGGCGGCUGCGAAUCUCGUGAAGCGCGGCAUAACAAAUCUCGUGGUUAUUGGUGGUGAUGGCUCCCUCACGGGGGCCAAUCUCUUCCGUCAGGAGUGGACGGAUCUCCUGGAGGAGCUUGUGCGAAUGGGAGAAAUAACAGCGGAGCAGCGACAGAAGUACGGCAGCCUCCACAUCGUGGGCAUGGUGGGAUCCAUUGACAACGACUUCUGUGGCACGGAUAUGACCAUCGGGACGGAUUCUGCCCUGCACAGGAUCAUCGAGGCCAUCGAUGCCAUCGUCAGUACGGCCUACUCCCACCAGAGAACGUUCAUCAUGGAAGUAAUGGGAAGGCAUUGUGGUUACCUAGCCGUUGUUGCUGCUCUGGCCAGUGAGGCGGACUACGUGUUUAUCCCCGAAGAUCCCGCUGUACAAAAUUGGCCAGAGAAGUUGUGUAAUAAACUCCUUCAGGAACGAAAUGCUGGUCAACGCCUCAAUAUUAUUAUUGUGGCUGAGGGUGCCAUAGAUCGCGAUGGGCGUCCGAUAACAGCUGAAAAUGUUCGCCAAGUUGUUGUGGAUCAACUGCAACAGGACACGAGGAUUACUGUUCUGGGUCAUGUACAGCGUGGUGGGAAUCCCAGUGCUUUCGAUCGAGUCCUGGGUUGUCGCAUGGGAGCCGAAGCUGUUCUCGCCCUGAUGGAGGCUACUGACGAGACGGAGGCUUGCGUUGUGUCUCUGGAUGGUAAUCAAGCUGUACGUGUUCCCCUCAUGGAAUGCGUUGAGCGUACCAAAGCCGUUGCACAGGCUAUGGCAGAGAAAAAAUGGUCACUCGCUGUGGAAUUGCGUGGACGUUCAUUUGCAAGAAAUCUCGAGACGUACAAGAUGCUGACGCGUCUAAAGCCACCCAAGGAUGCCUUUGAUGCGUCCGGAAAGGGAAUUGAGGGCUACACGCUCGCCGUGAUGCACAUUGGAGCCCCAGCGUGCGGUAUGAACGCUGCUGUGCGUUCAUUCGUGCGCAACUGCAUCUACCGCGGCGACACAGUGUUGGGCAUUCACGACGGUGUCGAGGGGCUCAUUGCUGGGAACAUCCGGAAGAUGGAGUGGAGCGAUGUGACGGGAUGGGUGGGCCAGGGUGGGGCUUUCCUUGGUACCAAGAGAACUCUUCCGGAUGGGAAGUUUGAGGCUAUUGCUGCCAAAUUGAAGGAAUUCAAGAUUCAGGGACUUCUCAUUAUUGGUGGCUUUGAGGCAUAUCAUGCGUGUGGCCAAUUAGUCGAUCAAAGGAAGAACUUUGCAGAAUUCUGCAUCCCCCUCGUUGUGAUCCCAUCGACGAUCUCAAAUAAUGUGCCAGGAACGGAAUUUUCUCUUGGAUGUGACACAGGUCUCAAUGAGAUUACUGAAAUCUGCGAUCGUAUCCGCCAAUCGGCUCAGGGAACGAAGCGUCGGGUGUUUGUGAUUGAAACAAUGGGUGGUUAUUGUGGGUAUUUGGCCACUGUGGCGGGUCUUGCGGGUGGUGCCGAUGCGGCGUACAUCUACGAGGAACGCUUCUCAAUUAAGGAUCUUCAGCAAGAUGUCUACCAUAUGGCGUCCAAAAUGGCGGACGGGGUACAGCGUGGGUUGAUUUUGCGCAAUGAGAAGGCUUCGGAUAACUACAACACGGACUUUAUCUAUCGUCUGUACAGCGAGGAGGGGAAGGGAUUAUUCUCGACGCGUAUGAAUGUUUUGGGGCACAUGCAACAGGGUGGCUCACCGACGCCAUUUGAUCGCAAUAUGGGCACCAAAAUGGCGGCAAAGUGCGUUGAGUGGCUUGUUGAUCAGUUGCGCGUCAACACGCAACCCGAUGGGAGUAUCAAGGCGACAAGUCAUGAUUCUGCGUGCCUCCUGGGGCUCGUGAGGCGACAGUAUCGCUUCACGCCGCUGCACGAUUUAAUUGCAGAGACAAACUUUGAUCAACGCAUCCCAAAGACUCAGUGGUGGCUGAAAUUACGUCCUCUGCUACGUAUCCUUGCCAAGCAUGAUUCCACGUACGAAGAGGAAGGACUCUACAUCACCGUUGAGGAGGAAUGUGCUUCCGAUACGGCUGUCAUCUAAGCACACCCACAAUUUAGCCACAAAUUUAGCAAAGAAAAAAAAACUCAAAGAUUUUAGCUGAAUGUGUUUUCGAAUUAUUUGUUGACAUUAGAGUGUGACUAUGGAUUAAAAAAAAAAGAUUUAUUUUAAUUGUAUUUUGUAUAGUUUGAAGCAAGAAAAAAAAUGUUACGCAGCUUCGAUGUGAGUAUUAUUUGCCCAUUUUGUCCCUCAAACAGACGUACACAAUAAAAUUAUAUAUUGUUGAUGGAAAA